GGGUUAAUUCGUUGCUGUCGGCAGAGAAUGUGUACGCUACUUUUGCUUUUGUGACAGGCUCGACGUUUUUGGUUAGAUUUCUUAUUCUGUCGAUAUUCCUAUUUAGAUUUGGAGAAAAUAUUGCUUUUGUGUUUACAUUGCACUGUGUGACAUUUUACGAAGUGAAUUCGAGCAAAUUGUCUUUAAAAUGGCUAGCUUUGAAGGAAAAAUGUGAAAAUCGGAUUAGCAUGCUGUUAAAAUAAACGUGUGCGGCUAACAAUAAGAAGAAAAUCUCGUUUCUGGUGUAUGUGUUCGUGUGCUGUGUAUGCUGCGGAAGAGCUAAAGCUGCUGCCGAGGUAUCAACAGCAGUAAACAUAGUUGAUUAGCGCUAUCCUCCUCUUCAGUGACGCUCUUCCUUCAUCUCUAUUAGAAACGAACGACGACGUCUAUAUUGGAAGAUGUCGUCCUGGUACUAGAUAUAAAAUUUGAAACAAAUAGUAUACUGCAAACCAACUAAUAACGAAAAUUUGACGUCAGAAGAGAAAAUUUAGCUUUUUCUGUGAUUUUCCUGCGAUAUACCACAAACGGAAGAAGAAUGUAUCCUUCUCCGUUACAUUACUCUACAAUGCGGCCCCAACCACCUGGUGCGGGGCAACAACAAUAUGACCACAACGCCGAUGAGCUCAACAAAGCAGAAUGGUAUUGGGGAGAAAUUUCACGUGAGGAAGUUAAGAACAUCUUGUCUGGCGAGCCAGAUGGCAGUUUCCUUGUACGUGAUGCCUUGAAUAAAAAUGGCGAAUAUACACUAACUCUAAUUAAAGAUGGAACGGAAAAGUUGAUAAAGAUUUGCCAUCUGAAUGGAAAGUAUGGUUUCACGGAUUGCAAGUUUAAUUCAGUAGUUGAGUUAAUCAACUACUACAGAGUAAAUUCCUUGAAACUAUAUAACAAAACUUUGGACAUAACGUUAAGCAAUCCAAUUGUAAAACCAGCGGAGGAAGAUGACCACAGUGAUCUGCGCUUUCUUGCCGACAAGUUUCUUAGUCUGCAUCAUAUGCUUAACAAACAGCAGUAUCUUUUAGAUCAAAAGAUGAAAGUAUUCAAAAAUGUUGAAGCGGAGUUAAAUGAAAAGAAACAAGAUCAAGAAGUUUUCCUUAAGGCGGAAAAAAUGUUUAAAAAUCAAAUUAAACUUUUAGAAUCAUACAUAUGUACUGCAGCCCAGCCGCAGGUCGGCGGAGCUGGUACAAUAACAAAUGCUAAUGGCGGCACAAGUGGAGGGAAUGGAUCGUCUGCACUUCGCCAGCAGGAUCUCGAAAAGUUACAGGCAAACGCUGCGUUAUUGAAAAUGAAGCUUCAUUCUUUGUGUACAGAAAUGGGGAAAUUAAACCGAUAUGUAGAAGAUAAGAAGGAAGACUACAAACGGCUUGAACGACAAAUUAACGCAGCGAAACCAGAAUUGCAAGAGUUAAGCGUAGAAAAAGAACGAACAACAGAACGUCUCAUGGAAGCUGGCAUUAAAGAGGAGGACAUCAUUCAGCUCGCUGAAAUGGGUUUCGAAGCCUGGCAAAAGAGGUAUGAAAGUCGGACAAAUUUGCCGCAUAACAACGAUUCUCUCUGGUUCCUUCGCGAUUGUUCACGUCAAGAGGCUGAGGAAUUACUGAAGGGUGCCCCUACAGGCACAUUCCUUAUACGUGCUCGUUCUGCUGGUCAUUAUGCAUUGUCUAUUGUUUGCAAGAACGUCGUAAACCAUUGCAUUAUCUACGAAACGGAAAGUGGAUUUGGCUUUGCUGCUCCUUAUAAUAUUUAUGUUUCUCUGAAGGAACUAGUGGAACAUUAUGCCAGCAAUUCAUUGGAAGAACACAACGACACGCUAACCACGACGCUGCGAAUUCCCGUAAAGUAUUGGCAUGCCAAUAAGGAAUCGCUAACGAAGCAAUUGGAAGAAGAACUGGAAUUGGAACAAUUGCAAAUUGAAGAAGAGGAGCUGCAGCAUCAAGCCGGACAAGAACAAGUACAAUUACAGUUGCAAUUACAGCUGCAGCAACAGCCAUCGUCUGCGAUUCCAAUACCAGGCAGUGAGGCACUAGAUGUGCAAACACCACCCUCUUCGUUGAAUUCCGUCUCUGGUGGUAGUGUCGCCGGUGGCAGUUUCAGUGCCAACCAAAAUCAAUCGCAACCAUAAUAAAAACAACAGUAAAUCGCAUCAGUGUGGAAGCUUGCAGGUCAUGCUUAAAGCAUUUGUGAUUGUCGAGCUUCCAUUCGCAAUCCCAGGCCUACUUAGGAUUUAAACAUAACAUUCGAAUGCGAAAAAAUAAGUUGUAUUCUAUAUGUCCAACUUUUGUGAUGUGAUGAUGUUGCAAUUUUAUUAAGCAUAGCAUGGGUAAUUUGUUGAAAGCAUGGCUAUUUUGCCUAAUCCUUUUCAAAUUUUAGGUGUUAUCUGUAUAGCUAGCUUUAAUGUUAAUUCAGGUGAAACGACACUGCUUCAUAUAUAAGCAACUCGCGCAUUUAACCCGGCGAUAAUCAUGUAAUUAGUCUCUUAGUCUAUAAAGGCAGUUAUGUUUUGAUGUGAGCGCUGUUGUCACAGUUAUCAUGGUGUCGUGUGUCUUAGGCCUAGGCCACGCAAUAAGCGGCAAAACGGCGAGCGGCUGAGCGUCUUAAAAUUAAAGCAUAUGAAAUACUUUUGAAGUGGCCACGCACUGAGCGGCUGAGCGGCAUUUAUGUAUGGCGCCUUUCAGCUGCUCAGCCGCUCGCCGCUUUGCCGCUCAUUGCGUUGCCUCGGCCUUACGGUGAUCAUCAAAAUGGUUAUAUAAAUUAUUGCUAUACAGAUAAUUGUGAAGAAAAAGUAAUAUUGAAGGGAAAAGGAUAAUGUUGUUUUGUAUUUUUUACUAUUAAUGUACUUUACUUUUACUUAUACGAUGAAGAUCUGAAAGUAAAGUCGCCAUGUUCUAUGCAAAAAAUGGGGUGAAUAUGUAGUUUUGCAAAAUACAUUUCUAUCGUGAUAUGUUAACCUGUUAAAUUUAUACAACAACC